CUUAGGUUUUUAGGGCAAAGGUGAGAAAUUUUUGACAUGGUUUUUUCUUUCAACCUCUCUGCCCACCAAAUCUGUGUCAAAACCUCAACCCUUCUUCCUUCCCAAUUUCCAAUUCUAAUUCUUCAAUUCCAAUUCUCUCUCUCUAGCUCUCUCUCUCUUCCUGCGGUGACCCCUUCUCUGCAACUUCUCAGGGGGUCGCCUCAAUUCGCUUGUUUCUCUCUGUUUCUCUCUCUUUCUCGUCUCUUUUCCCUCUUUCAAAUUCCUUUCUCCAACACCCAAUUUCUCCCUUCGCGGGAAAAACCCAUUUCCCAUAAGAAACAAUUCCAUUCCCCUUUCAAUUCCAUCACCACAAUGUCAGAAAUGGCGAACGCAGAUCCCGAAGGAAUCGAUGGAGUUCGUAUGACAUGGAAUGUUUGGCCUCGUACCAAAGUUGAGGCUAGCAAGUGCGUUGUACCACUCGCUGCUUCGAUCGCUCCGAUCCGUCCUCACCCUGAGAUCCCAACACUCCCUUACGCGCCGCUCCGUUGUAAGUCUUGCUCCGCGGUUCUCAACCCAUUUUCCCGUGUUGACUUUACCGCCAAGAUUUGGAUCUGCCCGUUUUGCUACCAGAGAUGUCAUUUUCCUCCUCAUUAUGCCAUGAUCUCUGAGACCCAUCUUCCUGGGGAGCUUUAUCCUCAGUACACCACUGUUCAAUAUGCUAUUCCGCAAUCAAUUAACCCCAAUCCUGCUAUGGAUUCGGCCCAGCAGGCGAAUCCUUCCCCGGUUUUUCUGUUUCUGCUUGAUACCUGCAUGAUCGAGGAGGAAUUGGGGUUUGUGAAAUCCGCGCUUAAAAGGGCGAUCGGGUUGUUGCCUGAUAAUGCACUUGUUGGAUUUGUUUCGUUUGGGACUCAGGUUCAGGUUCAUGAAUUGGGAUUCUCUGAUAUGUCUAAGGUGUAUGUGUUUCGGGGUACGAAGGAGGUUUCUAAGGAGCAGGUUUUGGAGCAAUUGGGUCUUGCCAUUGGUGGGCGGAGAGUUGCUGGAGCGUAUCAAAAGGGGGUCCAGAAUGGAUUCCCUAAUUCGGGUGUUACACGUUUUUUGCUGCCUGCUUCUGAAUGCGAAUAUACCCUCAAUUCCUUGUUGGAUGAACUUCAAACGGAUCAAUGGCCUGUUUCUCCCGGUAAUCGGGCAUCUCGAUGCACCGGAGUGGCGUUGAGUGUUGCAGCUAGUUUGCUUGGAGCUUGUUUGCCUGGCACUGGUGCUCGAAUUAUCGCUUUGGUUGGUGGACCAUGCACAGAAGGGCCUGGCACGAUUGUUUCCAAAGAUCUAUCAGACCCAGUACGUUCACAUAAAGACCUCGACAAAGAUGCAGCCCCUUACUUUAAAAAAGCAAUCAAAUUCUAUGAAAGUCUUGCAAAACAACUGGUUGGUCAAGGCCACGUCUUGGAUCUUUUUGCAUCAGCACUUGAUCAGGUUGGUGUUGCGGAAAUGAAAGUUACAGUAGAAAAAACUGGUGGCCUUGUUGUUCUGGCUGAAAGCUUUGGACAUUCGGUAUUUAAGGACUCUUUCAAGCGUGUGUUUGAAGGAGGGGAGCACUCUCUUGGUCUUUGCUUUAAUGGAACCCUUGAGAUCAAUUGUUCGAAGGAUAUCAAAAUUCAGGGGAUAAUUGGACCUUGCACAUCUUUGGAGAAGAAAGGUCCUGCUAUUGCCGAUACUGUUAUUGGGGAGGGCAAUACAACAUUGUGGAAAAUGUGUGGUCUUGACAAAAGCACUUGUUUGACAGUGUUUUUUGAUCUUUCAUCAAGUGAUAGAUCAAGUUCUCCAGGAACUGCAAAUCCACAGUUGUAUUUGCAGUUUCUUACUAGUUAUCAAGAUCCUGAAGGUCAGUCGAUGCUUCGGGUUACAACUGUUACUAGAAGAUGGAUAGACACUGCAGUUAGCUCGGAGGAAUUGGUGCAAGGGUUUGAUCAAGAGGCUGCUGCAGUUGUUGUGGCCAGAUUAACUUCCUUGAAAAUGGAGAUGGAGGAGGGAUUUGAUGCUAUUCGAUGGUUGGAUCGAUCCUUGAUUCGCCUCUGUUCUAAGUUUGGUGAUUAUCGGAAAGACGAUCCAUCUUCCUUUACUCUAAAUCCUUCAUUUUCUUUGUAUCCUCAGUUCUUGUUUAAUUUGCGGCGUUCACAAUUUGUUCAGGUGUUUAACAACAGUCCAGAUGAAACUGCAUAUUUUAGGAUGUUGUUAAAUAGGGAGAACAUUACAAAUGCUGCUGUGAUGAUCCAACCGUCCCUAAUAUCGUACUCGUUCAAUUCACUGCCUGCACCAGCGUUAUUAGAUGUUGCUUCCAUUGCAGCUGAUCGUAUUCUCCUGCUAGAUUCAUAUUUCAGUGUUGUCGUAUUUCAUGGGAUGACAAUAGCUCAGUGGCGUAAUAUGGGAUACCAAAAUCAGCCGGAACACCAAGCAUUUGCACAGUUAUUACAAGCUCCUCAUGAUGAUGCCCAAAUUAUCAUUAACGAACGUUUUCCAGUACCUCGUCUGGUUGUCUGUGAUCAGCAUGGCUCUCAGGCUAGAUUCUUACUGGCAAAGUUGAAUCCAUCCGCAACAUAUAACAAUGCUCAAGAAAUGGCGGCUGGGUCAGAUAUCAUAUUUACUGACGAUGUCAGCCUUCAAGUUUUCUUUGAGCAUCUUCAGAGGUUGGCUGUCCAAUCUUGAGAAUAGAUAGGCUUUCUUGAGGCUUUUAUAGUAAAGAUCCGAUCAGUCUUGCUGUGGGAAAAAUUCACUAAGGGAGAUGUAUAUCUGGUCUUGUUGACGUCUUUUCUAGUCUUUCCAUUAUUUUCCAAGUUGAGAAGCCAAUAUUUCCCCCACUCUCUCAUUUGGAGAAUAUUUGAGAACACUGAUAAAAUUCUUUUUUCGGGCGACAUUCUCGGUCGGCAUUGCAGCCUAAUAAAGGGUCACAAAGGUCACUUUAGCUUCAAGUUACAUGAGGAGACAAAAAGGAGAAUGUAAUUUAGAGGAAUCCUUCAACAGCUUAGACAUUUGUGAAAGUCAUUCUGUUAGUAAUUUUGGUUCUUCAAUUUGUUAUUUUGUAUUGAGGUUAGACCACAAAGUGAGUAUUUUUUAUGAAUCUCCAAGUAAAUUAUAAGGGAGUUUAGUCUGAAAUUGCACCUUUAUUUAUGAAAGACACACCUGUUGGUUAUUCAAUUCUA